GGAGAGCGCGCUAGUGAGCAAGCGAGCAGAAAAGAGGUGGAGGGGGGGGAAUAAGAAAGAGAGGAGGAGAGGAGAGCAGGCAGGAAGAAGGCAAGGAAAGACACCACCAUGCUGUGCUGUAUGAGAAGAACCAAACAGGUUGAAAAGAACGAUGAGGACCAAAAGAUUGAACAGGAUGGUGUCAAGCCGGAAGACAAGGCUCACAAGGCUGCGACCAAAAUCCAGGCUAGCUUCCGCGGACACAUAACGAGGAAAAAGCUCAAAGGCGAGAAGAAGGACGACGCGCCCGCCGCCGCCGAGGCCGAGGCCGCCGACAAGGACGCAGGGCCCGCGGCCGACGCGCUGGAGAUGAAGAAGAAGAAGAAGGAUGGAGACGGCCCCGCGGCCGCCGACGGCAAGGCCGAGGAUGCCGGCAUGGCCGGGGGGGACGCCGCCCCGGAGGAGAAGGGCGGCGAGGGCACCCCGGACGCUGCCCAGGGCCAGGAGGCCCCCGCGCCCUCCGAGGAGAAGAGCGGCUCUGCUGACCCAGAAAGUGCCACGAAAGCGCCCACCACCGACAACUCGCCGUCCUCCAAGGCCGCCGAAGAUGCGCCCGCCAAGGAGGAGCCUCAACCAGCCGACGUGCCUGCUGCCACCAGCCCUGCCGCAGAGGAUGCCACCCAGGCGGCCCAGCCUCCCACGGAGACCCCGGCUGCUGCCGACAGCAGCCAAGCCGAAGAGAAGACAGAAGCUGUAGAUGAAACCAAACCUAAGGAAAGUGCCCGGCAGGAGGAGGGGAAAGAAGGAGAAUGUGAGGCUGACCAAGAACACGCCUGAGCUUUACGAAAUGGCUUUCCACGUUUCCCCACCUCCCAGACCCUCUCUCUCCUACCCUCCCUCAGCUCCACUCUGAAGUGUCCCUUCCUGUCCCGCUCACAUCUGUGAGUCUGUCCUCUCCCACCCACUAGCCCUCUUUCUCUCUGUGUGGCAAACAUUUAAAAAAAAAAUAAGCAGGAAAGAUCCCAAGUCAAACAGUGUGGCUUAAACAUUUUUGUUUCUUGGUGUUGUUAUGGCGAGUUUUUGGUAAUGAUGAUUCAAUCAUUUUGGGAAAUUCUUGCACUGUAUCCCAGUUUUUGAUCUGGUGCGUGUGGCCCUGUGGGAGUCCCACUUUCCUCUCUAUUUCUCUCUGUUCCAAGUGUGUGUGUGUGUGCAAUGUUCCGUUCAUCUGAGGAGUCCAAAAUAUUGAGUGAAUUCAAAAACCAUUUUUGUUUCCUCAUUUUCAAUGUGAUGGAAUGAACAAAAAGGAAAAAAAAACCUCCAAAACCCAGUUUGUUUUAAAAAUAAAUAACAAAUAAAUAAAUAAUAAAUAAAUAAAUAAAGCAGAUGUGCCAAUUAGCGUAAACGUGUGGCUCCGAGGCUCCUUUUUCAAUCUGAAUAUUAAUAAAUCAUGACAGUAACCAGA